AUGGGCUUCCAUGGCUAUGGAGGCAGCGAACUAGAUCACUCUGAUUGCUUGAUAUAUCCUUGCUCGGAAUGCAGAAGGCAGCGUGGGCAGCCACAUCCAUCGGUUCGAUCUGGCAACACAUCCACCAAUCCAACCAGCAACCCAAAUGACCGCUGGUCACGUGUCAAUGUCUUUGGAUAUGAGAACAGCGACAGCAACGCGGCCAACCGUGCAACUGGAGCAGACACAUACACUGCUGCUGAUAACACCGAGGAUCUGUCGGGAGGUUUCCACCGUCUCGUCAUCUCAGACGGAGACUGCACCUUGCGUGAUGAGAUGCGCCAGUCUGGCUUCCGCAUCCCACCAACCCCUGAAAACGCAAGCCUUCGUCAUACAGAGGGUAGCCAGAACCGCAGCCAAGUCGCCGGAUUUCAACACCUGAACCAGCCUGAACCAGGUGAUGGCCGUUCUCGCCUCUCUGAUGAAGACCGCGCCUUGCGUGAUGAAAUGCGCAGAUCUGGUUUCCGCAUCCCUUCGGUCUCCGAUGACCCAGCUCUCAGUCGUCCAGAUGGUGGCCAGGAUCGCAACAAAUCCGCCGGCUUUCAAGCCCAGAACCAGUAUCAAGCAAAUAACGGCGGCUUCACAGCAGCCACUGGCAGCGUCCCCCACGGAUCCUAUCCAGCUCCCAGCCCAUGUUCCAGUACUAGCACUUGUGUCUGUCAAUCCAAUUUCGGACAACAGUGCGGGUGCAGCCCUAACUCGAAUCCCGAGAUGCUGAAAUACUCAAACGACAUUAUAGCUCCAUGGGCAAGUGAGCAUCCCACCACAGAAGACACACUGCGUCGCGUGCUGCGGAAUAGGUGGUUGGCUUCUCAGGGCAGAUCUCAGGAGUCCGCUGGAAAUCCCCAAACUUCAAACCAGCCAGAGUCCUCGGCACAGGGCGCGACUGGUCGUUCUGCGGUCCCUAGGAUCAGGUUGGCCCGGCCGGAUGGAUCGGAGAUGGAAUUUGAUGAAACUUAUGACUGA